UCACGAUUGAUUGAUGACGUCAAAGAAAACUGUGAUGUGAGACUAUUUGGGUGCGUCACUGCGGGCGGACAUGUUUUACCGUCUUUCCAGCUGUUUUUUCAACAGAUCAUUUCCACACCUAGGAUAAAUCCCGCGAUUUUAACACUAACAUUGUAUCCGGGAAGGUGUCGAGCUAGCCAGUGCAACCAUAGCCCUUUGCACCCUGCAUUUGCAUACAAAUGCCAGAGGUGCAGAUUUGGGAGGCGGAGAUAUCGUCGGACUCAUACAUGCUAAGAUGUUGCACUUGGUUCCUGCACAAAGAAGCAACAAGAAGUCCUCCAGCCAAUCAAACAAUGGCAUAGACAGUUCUGAUUGCACAGUUCUGAACUGAGCUGAGCAGCUGAUUAUGGUGCGGCAGAUUCAGGUGGACAGGAAAACAACUUGGCCAUUGUUUUUUCAGCAGGAACUGUGAGAAAGAAUCCGGCCAGAAGGAUACGUGCAUCAUCUUGUGGACUAAACACAAUCAUUACUAUUCCAAGGAAGUUUGUUCUUACUCAGGACUUGUAAGAGGAAGCUGAAAGCUGUGACUGGAUUACAGUACGGUUACAAGACAAGAACAGGAACUUUGUAGCACUUUGCCAUCUUGUGAGCAGACGUCGUGGAAUGAAGUACCAAUAACUGACAGCCACAUUUCAUUUCAGCUGGAAGGACUUCUUCAGCAGACAGCAGACAGCAGUGUACAUCCUGACCAUGGCUCAACAAGGAGACGACUGCUACUACUUCUACUACUCUACGUGUGCCAAGGGUAUGAGUUGCCCCUUCCGACACUGUGAGGCGGCACUGGGGAAUGAAGUCACGUGUUCUCUGUGGGAGCAGGGCAUGUGUUACCGACCUUACUGCAAGUUCAGGCACAUGAACAUCACCAAAGACCGCAGUAACAUCCAGUGUUACUGGGAGACCCAGCCGAGUGGCUGUCUGAAGCCACACUGUGUGUUUCUCCACUCCAAACCCAGACCUAAGGAGGCAGGCUUCACUAGUUUUCCCACUCAUACAGGAAGUGAGAUCCCUGCAGAUGUUCCACCAGCAGUUGUGAAGCUCCAGGGAACACAGACAGCAGACAAGCCUGCUGGUGUGGGCAGCCCUGCACAGGUGUCUACACCACAGGUCGCACCUGUGGUCAUCAACCCAUUUGAGGAAGCCCACUCUUCUGAUGAGUCGUCUGAGCACGGCUCUCCACGGAAACUGCCGACAACGGGCGCUGCACUCAGGGGUGUCGUCCUGACAACCAGAAAGGUCAUCUCUUCUGAACAGGAAGACAUGGGAACAAGUGAUCCACAGCAGGAGAGCGGGGUUAAAAUCAAAACUCUGCAGGAAAUCAGAAGAGAAAGGAUGCAGCAGCAGCAGCAGCCAAGCCAAGGGCUGAACACGUCCCAACUCUCACCCACCAGACAGGUCCAGGUGAAGAGUCUGGCAGAGAUCAGGAGGGGGAAACUCCUGAGUAGACUCGGAAACAAGUCUCAACAACAAGAAGACCUGGACGAAGAAGUUACAUCUCAAGAAGUGGGACAAGUUCAGGUUAAGUCGCUAGCAGACAUCAGAAAAGCAAAGCUGAUGAGUAGACUAGGUACGGCAUACCAGAAAGGUGUCAAAGCUGAAGAACAAGACAUUACGGGUCAACCUCAAGUGCAGAUAAAAACCCUCGCAGACAUCAAAAGAGAGAAACUAAAGAGGAGACUUGGGAAUCUACCACAUGAAAGUGAUGAAGUCACAACGGAGGAAAAUUUGGAAGCUCAAUCACAAGUCAAGAUAAAGACACUUGAAGAAAUUAAGCGAGAAAAACUCCUCAACAGACUUGGUAAAGUUCCCAAGGAGGCUGAGAAUGACAACAAAGAGUCUCAACAAGAGGGACCUGUCAGCAUCAAGACUUUAGAAGAGAUUAAAAGGGAAAAACUACUCCGUAGACUUGGUAAUAAAGAGAGCAUAGCAUGGAAGGAGGAAGUCAUGGGACCCACACAACAGCCAGGAAACAUACAAGUCAAAACACUAGCUGACAUCAGGAGAGAAAAGGCAUUACAUAAUCUGGGAGGAGCCGGCCAGCCAGCUAGAGAAGAUAAUAAUGGAGACAAGCUAGACUCUCCUUCAAAACUCCCUGUUUCCAAAACAGCCGAGCUUCAAGCUCCUGGUGGAGUCAAGAAGAACAAGGGAGUCAGACGAGUUGUUCUCGUGGAUCCACAAACUGUAGUAGAAAAAGCCAAAGCCGAUGCGGCCGAAAAGAAAAGCAACAACAACGUGGCCGUUAGGAAGGGAGUCAAGAGAGAGAUGCAGCUGUAUCGACCACCACGGGGCAAGGAUACAGGUCCAGUCGUGGCAGGAAAAGCUGAAACAAGCCCAACCCAGUUGUCAGCCAAGACCACAGCACAAAUGCCCCAGGCUGCAAGCAGGGCUGUGGAGAAAGUUCAGGUCACCAGGAAGUCUCCAGAGAAAGUACAAGUCUCAAGGAAGUCACCAGAGAAAGUACAAGCAUCAAGGAAGUCUCCAGAAAAGACUGCACCUAAGGUUUCUGAAGUCGCUCCCCAGCAGAUCAAGAUCAAGACGUUUGAGGAGAUUAUGCGGGAGAAGAAGCUGAGACAACAGCAGGGGAAGUCUGAGGAGCCAGAAGGCAAGGCCCCCGAGGUGUCGCCAAAACUGGCCAGAAAGUCUGCUGUGAUUAUGCAACCUCGGCCUGAACCAACCAAAGGAGAAGAACCAUCCAAGAAGGUGAAGUUAGGCCUGACUCCAGUUGGAGCCCCCCCUCAGGAACCCUCCACAGCUAGGCGAGGGAUAAAAAGACCACUGGGCAGUAGUGUUAUACCUGUGGGCAGUACCAGUAGUGUUCCACCUAUGGGCAGUAGUGUUCCACCUGCUGCCAGUGUUGCACCUGUGUCAGUGGGACAGGGAGUACCAAAGAAGCCAUCUGUCAGUACUCCCAGUCCCUCUCCAGUCACUGUCCCUGUAGAUGGACAAGUCAUUGCUGCUAAGAAGCCAAAGCUGAUCAGCACCACACCACUUACCAUUCCUAAGAAGACACCACAGCCAGUAGUUCCAGAACCACAGAAAACUCCAAGCACCACAGAUGAACUACCAACUAGUACACAACCAGAUGAGACAACAUUGGAACAGCCGCCUCUGGUCAGCAGACAGGACAGCAUGGACUUUGAUGACUUUGAGUUUGACCUUGAGGGAGAGGAGGCAGACCUGGCUGUGGGCGCUGAGGAUGACGACAGCCUCAUGGCUGAACUGGACGAGAUGCUGAACAGCUGAUCAUCAGCUUAGGACUACCAACUAAGAAACUUGAUUUUUUUAUAAAUCUUUAUGUGGUGUAUUACAAGUUGUAGACUUCAAUGAAAAAGUAGACAUUUAAGAUGUGAAUGUGUACAUAUUCUGCCAUUUUGUGCCAUGUAUUGGCUUGCCAAGUCAGUUUUUGUCGGAUCUGUCCCAAAGUCUGGUCAGCAACACAAAGAUUUUUCAGUUCUAGUAUACACUGUAUGUCUUUCCACAAUUGUUCAGCAGCUGAGCCAUAAUCGUAUCAACACUUACAAGAUAGAUAUACAACAAAACUGUCGGUAGAUGCAGGUUUAGAUGGAACAUUUUGUGUGCUUCUCAAAGUCUUCGUAGAAGCACUGAUCCAGAAUAGAUGGGAGUUUGAAGUCAUUCAACUCAACACUUCCACGAGAUGGGAAGACAUUCCUUGACAACAGUUUGGGACAGCUCAUGGCUGCUAGUAACACAACUUGAUCUGUUCUGUUCUAGUUGUGCAAGUAGUUGUCAUGUUAACUUGCCUUCAAAUAUGUUUAACCAAGCCAUUGCAGAACACUUUGUUUGUUAAUAUGUCCUGAUAGUCACUGUGCAAAUAAGUGUUGCUUAUUUCAUAUUUGCAACACACACUACAUGAAGAGAUUUGGUUACUUUUUAAAUCCUACAAACUUGGGAGUUCCAGUUAUUCAUGAACAUGUCAUUUCAAAAGCCCCAAAGUAUUUUGUUAUACUGUGUGCCCAUUUGUUAAGAAGACGUGUUGUGUUACACAAGGGGCUGAUUCAAGUCUGAAACUUGCUGUUUUAAUUCUUUCGCAAUAAUACGGAGAAAUGAUAUAUUGAUUGAUUGAACAAUCGCUUACGUUGUUUUACAAAUGGUGGCGGUCUGAGGGAAUAUGCUGCUUACAGAAACAGAGCUACCACUUGUCUCUGAUGACAUUGGUAUCCAUUAGAUGCAAUAGUUAACUUUGAUAUCCUAACCCCCUAACAGAUACUUGUAUCAUAAGAAAAAUCAUGUAUCUUGUAACUCAGUGUAUAGAGAGUGAAACACAUGUAUAUGUGUAAUAUUAGUAAGAGCUUGAUAUUUUUCUUACACAUCUCAUGAAAGAACGCAAGGGGAAUGCUGAUGUUCCCUUACUUUUUGAAGUAUCCCUGUUGUGUUACUGAAUGUACAAAUGAUUCAGAUGUCAUUCAAAGUACAUUUGUAAUCACUGCCACAUUUUUCCGUGAUAUCCAGUGUUGAUAUUUCUUUUGGCUAUAUUGUACUUAGGUAUGAGUUAACCAUCUGUAGCAUAUAUGUCUACAACACACUGUAUAAUAUAUUGUGUGCACUUGUGACUUAGAUCUAAUUGUCAAUGACCAAAUAUUGAAGA